CCAAAUGUGUCAUUCUGUUCUUGUCGUAUAUCUAAUGACAAGGAACGAGCGAAAAGGCAAUACAGAAUUAAAGGCCAAUUUUAUAACUUCCGAUCAAAUUAACCGAUCGGUUAAAUGUCAAAAAAUGUGAUUGUUUAUAUUUCUGAUCAAUUCUGCUCAGCGACAGAUGCGAUUUAUCAAUUCCAAUAAUCAGCGGGUUAAGUUAACCGGAAGUUGUAAAACUGGCCCUAAAUUAACCGCAGGUUGUGAAAGUGACCCUUAAAAUUAUAAAUAAAUCAUUUUUUUUUUAUUCAAAAAUUACGAAUAACAAGACUUCAAGAACUCGCCCUUCGGAACUCCGAGACCCGCAUGAAAAUUUACCCAGGGCUGAAUGGUCUUCAAUAUCAUCUCGUCGGUGGAUCUGUUGCUAAAUUUCUAUAAUAAUAUCUGUUUCUAUAUUUAAGAAAAACCGCACAAGUUCUCAAAUCUAUAAUUAUAUUUACAUACUUACAUAUCAUUACAUAUAUUACAAUUACAUAAUUACAGUUAAAAAAAUCGAGAAUAUCGAGAAAAAAUGUAGGUUAUAGUUCAAACAGAAAAUUCCUCGUUUGUGCAGCUACAUAAGUCAGCAUAGACUUUAAUGCUUUUUUUUCUAAAGCAGAUAAAAUCUUUUUCUAACUUAAUUGCGAAAGGAAACAAAGAAUUCGAUAGAAACACGAGAAUUGGAUCAAUGGCAUACAUACGACGUCAAAGAUCGAGCGAAUGAUUACUUCUGCGCAUGAAACGCGAUGUCGUCAGUCUCACCCAUGUGUCAAUCCGUGUUGCCGGUCAAACGAGGGACACCUGCUUUCCCUCUUCUUUUACUUUUCCUCGGGUCAGUGUCUGCUCAAAACGGCUCACAUAAGAGUGCUUUAUGUUCGGAGCUAGAAUGACUAAUUUACGGAAAUUCAUAGACAUUGGUGCCAAUUUAACAGACCCCGUUUACCAAGGGAUUUAUCACGGGUUACAGAAACACCAGCCAGAUUUGGAUAAAGUAUUGGAACGAAGUUGGAGCAACAAUGUUUCAAAGAUCAUUAUUACAGCUGGCAAUAUCGAAGACAGCAAGAAGGCUCUCGAGAUUGCGAGAACUGAUGAAAGGUUGUAUUCAACAGUGGGUUGCCAUCCGACCCGCUGUCAGGAGCUGGAGGAAUGUAGUGAUCCAGAGGAAUACCUCAAGUCGUUGUCAGAUCUCGCGUUGAACAACAAAGACAAAAUCGUCGCGAUCGGCGAGAUAGGCCUGGAUUACGAUCGACUGCAGUUCUGCCCUAAGGACAUCCAGAAGAAGUACUUCGAGAUGCAAUUGUCCCUGUGCUCCACCCUGAAGCUGCCGAUGUUCCUGCACUGUCGCAAUGCCAGCGACGACUUCGUGCGAAUUUUACGGAAACACAAGGAUAAACUGACGGCGGGAGUCGUGCAUUCCUUCGACGGCAAUCCGGAGGACGCGAAUUCUAUACUGCAGUUAGGCUUGUACAUCGGCGUUAACGGAUGUUCCCUGAAGACGGAGGAGAAUCUCUUCGCGGUCACCACUAUUCCCUCGGAUAGGCUCAUGAUCGAGACUGACUGUCCGUGGUGCGAGAUCCGACCGUCGCACGUGUCCGCGAAGGACGUUAUAACGCACUUCCCGGGUGUGAAAAAAGAGAAGUGGCAAGCAGACAAAAUGGUGAGAGGGCGAAACGAGCCGUGUACGAUAGUUCAAAUAUUGGAAGUUCUGGCACGAAUCAGGGACGAGGAAGAAGAAUACCUGUGUAACCAAAUAUACAAGAACACGAUGAAGCUCUUUUUCCCGUACGAACUAUAGUAUGCGGAGAAAACGCAGAAACGCAAUUGGACACCGGGAACUAAACGGCAUUAGCGCAAGUGCGUGGGAAUAAUUGAGAGAAAUUGUGACCAUGUGCAGAGAAAAAAACUUCGUUCAACGAACACAGCUCUCGAGAGGGAUGUAAUUGGUGGACUUAAAAGCACGCACCAGCCAAUCAAGAUCAGCUGCUCGAGAUCACGUGACAGCCCGUAUUAAGUGGUGGGGGGCUUCGUGUCCCAGAAGUACUAAAGGUUUAUUGAGACGAAAUUUGCGUAGUCACAUAAUAUAUAUGUACCAGGAAAAUGCCAGGAGACCAAGCAUGCGUCCAAUAUAGAAGACAUCCUUUUGAUGCUCAGCUCAUGAUUGGUUGAUUUCUUUAUGCAUAUGCAAGUUCGUCUGGAUGGGCCUUAAGGCCUGUCAGGCCUGUUACACAAUAGUCACGUUCAGCAGAAUAAAUAUUUUGCAACCAUUGGUAGUUUUCUGAGUUGAGAUUGGAUUAUUCUUUUAGAUCUAGAGGAAUAAUCCAAUCUCAGCUCGGAAAAUUCCCAAUAGUUGCAAAAUUAACGUUCUUCUGAACGCGGCUAAUGAUUGCGUUUAUAGCUCUUGCAGGCCAGCGACACGCGAUAUCCAAUGAGCAUACCGAAGAGAUUUUUCUCGAAGAGCUGCACGUUCAUUGGACAUCUCUCGUGUCGCGCUGGUCUACGAAAGUCGUUAGCGACAACAUUAAGACGCCUGGGUAUUCGCUGUGAUUGUCUUCGUUUAAUGAUGUCAGAAACGAGAAAACGCAUGCCAAGUAUUCUCGCGUUAUACGUUAAAAUAAAUGUAUCCAUGAAAAUUACAUU